AUGGUACUUCAAGGUUUGCUACACAAGAACAACUCACAAGCUGAGAAGUUUGCAAAUUAUAUAAUGAGAGGGGGCAACUGUGGGACAGGUACUUUGAGCAUUUCUGAGCCUGAUCGACACAUUGAUAACUUCAUGGCAGCUUUGAACCUCACCCACUCUGACCCGUCAAUCUUCAUCCUAAUGGGUGUCCCUGGCAUGGAAGAUGCCCACAUCUGGAUUUCCAUCCCUUUCUCUACCUCCUACAUUAUCAGCCUGUUGGGAAAUUUCAUAGUUCUGUUUGUUGUAUGGAAAGAGGAGACCCUGCACAAGCCGAUGUACCUGCUGAUCUCCAUGCUGGCGCUCACAGACAUCACCAAGUCUAGCACAGUCGUGCCAAAGGCACUGUGUAUAUUUUGGUUCAAUUUGAAAGGCAUUACUGUGCAUGGUUGCCUCACCCAGAUUUUCUUCCUUCACUCAGUUUCUUUCGUGCAGUCUGCUGUUCUCAUGAUAAUGGCCUUUGAUCGCUAUGUUGCCAUAUGUAAUCCUCUGAGAUACACCACCAUCCUCACCAAUGAACGAAUAGCUAUGCUAGGGCUUGCGGGUUUGGUAAGAGCUUUACUCUUCAUGGUGCCCCUACCCCUGACACUUAGCAGGCUGCCAUUCUGUGACAAUCACAUUAUUCCCCACACGCACUGCGAGCACAUGCUUUUGGCAAUGAUAUCGUGUGGGGAUAUCACUUUCAACAGGAUGUACAGCUUUGUGGUACCAUAUGUACUCAUGGGGUCAGACCUGAUGCUCAUUGCUCUGUCCUAUGGUCUCAUCAUAAGGGCUGUCCUCAGAAUCUCCUCCAAGAGAGCCCACCAGAAAGCCCUCAACACCUGCACAGCCCACAUCUGUGUGAUGCUAAUGUUUUAUAUUCCCGUCCUCUUCACCACCCUGACAAUCCGGUUCAGUGGGGGCAUCACUCCGCUUGUUCGCAUCAUUUUGAAUGUCCUCUAUUACCUCAUUCCUCCUAUGCUCAACCCCAUCAUUUACGGGGUCAAAACCCAAGAGCUGCGUGAUAAAGUGGGCAAAUACACUUGCAGAAGGUGA